CAUCACUGCAUGCAAGCUAACAUUAGCCAAAAACCACUGAAGAGAGCGAGUGACAACAACAACAUAACAGGCAUACAGACCGACCUAAUUCCCAAAGGGGAGGUCACUGAGUUUCCCUGCCGCUUUCCUGGCGUAGAAAGCAAAAUAGCAGCUGCCUUUCAUGUAGUCUUUAAGUCAACUUAGAAACGAAAGUCGUUCUAACUAACGCUAAUCAUGUCCAACCUCAAAGGCAGCACCAAGAAGGACACCAAGAUGAGGAUACGAGCCUUUCCUAUGACAAUGGAUGAGAAGUAUGUGAACAACAUCUGGGACCUUCUAAAGAAUGCCAUCCAGGAGAUCCAGAGGAAGAACAACAGCGGGUUAAGCUUUGAGGAGCUGUACAGGAAUGCCUACACCAUGGUGCUCCACAAGCAUGGGGAGAAGCUCUACACAGGCCUGAGGGAGGUCGUCACUGAGCAUCUCAUCAACAAAGUACGGGAAGAUGUCCUAAACUCUCUAAAUAAUAACUUUCUGCAAACACUGAAUCAGGCCUGGAAUGACCAUCAAACUGCCAUGGUUAUGAUCAGAGACAUCCUCAUGUACAUGGACCGGGUCUAUGUUCAGCAAAACAAUGUGGAGAAUGUGUACAACCUUGGCCUCAUCAUAUUCAGGGACCAAGUAGUGCGCUAUGGCUGCAUUCGAGACCACCUACGACAGACAUUACUGGACAUGAUUGCUCGUGAGAGGAAGGGAGAAGUUGUAGACAGGGGGGCCAUCAGAAACGCCUGCCAGAUGCUGAUGAUUCUUGGCCUGGAUGGCAGGUCUGUAUAUGAGGAGGACUUUGAGGGCCCUUUCUUAGAUAUGUCAGCGGAAUUCUUCCAGAUGGAGAGCCAAAAGUUCCUAGCAGAAAACAGUGCCAGUGUCUAUAUUAAGAAGGUAGAGGCCAGAAUCAAUGAAGAGAUUGAGCGAGUUAUGCACUGCCUGGACAAGUCUACAGAGGAGCCUAUUGUCAAGGUGGUGGAAAGGGAGCUAAUAUCUAAACACAUGAAGACCAUUGUCGAGAUGGAGAACUCUGGUCUCGUCCAUAUGCUCAAGAAUGGCAAAACAGAAGACCUGGCAUGCAUGUACAAACUGUUCAGUCGAGUGCCAAAUGGUCUGAAAACAAUGUGCGAGUGUAUGAGCUCUUACUUGAGAGAGCAAGGCAAAGCUCUGGUGUCAGAAGAGGGAGAGGGCAAGAACCCUGUCGACUAUAUCCAGGGCCUGCUAGACCUUAAGACACGAUUUGACCGUUUCCUCCUCGAGUCCUUCAACAAUGACAGACUCUUCAAGCAAACCAUAGCAGGAGACUUUGAGUAUUUUCUUAACCUAAACUCCCGCUCACCAGAGUACCUAUCACUCUUUAUUGAUGAUAAGCUCAAGAAGGGUGUAAAAGGGUUGACAGAACAGGAGGUGGAGUCGAUCCUUGACAAGGCCAUGGUGCUGUUCAGGUUUAUGCAGGAGAAGGAUGUGUUUGAAAGGUACUACAAGCAGCAUCUGGGCCGCAGGCUGCUCAGCAACAAGAGUGUCUCAGAUGACUCAGAGAAGAACAUGAUCUCUAAGCUCAAGACGGAAUGUGGCUGUCAGUUUACCUCGAAACUGGAAGGGAUGUUCAGAGACAUGAGCAUCUCCAACACUACAAUGGAUGAGUUCAGGCAGCACAUACAAACCACGUCGGCAUCUCUCAGUGGUGUGGACCUCACAGUAAGAGUCCUCACUACUGGCUACUGGCCUACACAGUCGGCAACACCUAAAUGCACCAUCCCCCCAGCUCCCAGACACGCCUUUGAAGUCUUUAGAAGGUUUUACCUCGCCAAGCACAGUGGUAGACAGCUCACACUGCAGCACCACAUGGGCGGGGCAGACCUGAAUGCAACUUUCUACGGCGCUAUUAAAAAGGCAGGAUCAUCAUUUAUAAAUGCUCCUUCCCUUCUACAUCAUCUGCAGGAGGAUGGUUCAGAAGUGGGUGUGGGAGGUGCUCAGGUUACAGGCUCAAACACCCGAAAGCACAUACUGCAGGUCUCCACCUUUCAGAUGACCAUCCUCAUGCUCUUCAACAACAGAGAAAAGUGCACUUUUGAGGAGAUCCAACAGGAGACUGAUAUUCCUGAGAGAGAGUUAGUGCGAGCGUUGCAGUCUUUGGCCUGUGGGAAGCCGACACAAAGAGUUCUCACCAAGGAGCCAAAGUCUAAGGAGAUUGAGAGCGGCCACGUGUUUACAGUCAAUGAUCAGUUUACCUCCAAACUGCACAGAGUCAAAAUACAGACAGUUGCUGCUAAACAAGGAGAAUCGGACCCUGAAAGGAAAGAGACGCGGCAGAAAGUGGAUGAUGACAGGAAGCAUGAGAUUGAGGCAGCCAUUGUCCGAAUCAUGAAGUCAAGGAAGAAGAUGCAGCACAACGUCCUGGUGGCGGAGGUGACUCAGCAGCUCCGGGCACGUUUUCUCCCCAGCCCUGUGGUAAUCAAAAAGCGUAUAGAAGGACUAAUAGAAAGAGAAUACUUGGCGAGGACGCCAGAAGAUCGUAAAGUGUACACCUACGUUGCAUAGAUGAUGAACUAUGGAUGAGACGAGUAAGAGACUCUGAGCAGGGAGGAUGACAUUUGUUUGUUUUCUUUGGACUGUUGUUACGCAUGGACUGGAAGUUUCUUUUAAAGACAAAUGCUGGGAACCUGAUUGAUCCUCCCUUACAGAAACACAGUAAACACACAAUGGGGAAUAAAAUGUUGGCGCAGAAAAAAAAAUCCACCAAAACGUGUAGAUGAUUUUUAAAUCAGGCCCAGUCUUCCUAUUCCUGAGUUUUAACAUGGAUGGAUCCAGCUUCAAGCUUUUCACUGUUUUACCCUUGUAGAGAUCAGAUUUGCAAAGAAUCCCUUGGGAAAAAUGUGAAUGCACCACAUUAUUUUUUUGUUUCAAUACUGUAUAAAAAUAAUAAAAUUAUUAAAAACAUCAAAUGUGGAUUGUUAAAAAAUAAAAAUAAUGAU